AUGGGCCAGGGUUUCUCACUGACUACCCUCUCCGCUGGUUCGGCCAAUAUCGACGUGCCUGAGCUAGCUGAUCUGCAAUAUGAAAAGUCACUGGGUGCUGCACGCUUCAUGAAAGCAGUGCGCGCACGGCACAAACAUGGCCUUGUAGUAGCCCGUGUGGUAAUGAAGCCGUAUGCUCAGUUCAAUUUUCAAACCCAUGUCAAGAAACUUCUCAAUGAACGCAAACUCCUUGCCCAGGUUCCAAAUGCCCUCGCAUACCACCGGGUUAUCGAGACCGCUGCAUGCGGUUACCUCGUCCGUCAGUACAUCCAUAGUUCAUUGUACGAUCGCUUGAGCACACGCCCUUUUCUCGAAGAUAUCGAGAAAAAGUGGCUGUCUUUCCAGCUGCUCUGCGCCGUUCGGGAUUGCCAUGCCCGAAACAUCCAUCAUGGCGACAUCAAAACCGAAAAUGUCCUUGUCACUUCCUGGAAUUGGCUAUAUCUUACCGAUUUCUCCUCAUCAUACAAACCCGCCCAUUUACCAGAGGAUAAUCCUGCUGACUUUUCCUUCUACUUCGAUCUCUCGGGCCGACGCACUUGCUACCUUGCGCCAGAACGUUUUCUAGCAGCUGGACAGCAGCCCGAAGGCGAAGGUAAUGUGAACUGGGCCAUGGACAUCUUCAGCGUCGGUUGUGUCAUUGCCGAGCUAUUCCUCGAAGCGCCCAUUUUUUCGCUUAGCCAGUUGUUCAAAUACCGUCAAGGCGAAUACAAUCCUGAGCACUCUCACUUGAACAAAAUCCAAGAUUCCAAUAUUCGAGAGCUUAUCAUGCACAUGAUCCAAGUCGAUCCGAAUUCGAGGAUGUCUGCCGAAGACUACCUCACGCACUGGAGAGACAAAGUGUUUCCGGGCUACUUCUACGGAUUUCUGCAGCAGUACAUGCAUUCGAUUACGGACCCAUCAUUCGGACAGAAGCCUGGCACGACUGUCGCCGAGCAUCUGGGUGAGCCAGACGAGCGUAUCGACCAGAUAUAUAACGACUAUGAUAAGAUUGCGCAUCUAUUGUCGGAAAAUUCUGGGCAAGAGCUGGCGAAGAGUCAACAUUCACCGCCCAAGCCAAACGCACGACUCUUCCCCUUGGUCGUAAAUAUUCCAAACUAUCAGCACCAAGCUUCUCCAACACCAAGUCUUGCAUUCGAUGAUGGGAAUCUCAUCUUUCUCACCAUCGUCGUGUCUUGCUUGCGUGGUACAGCGAGAGCAUCAGCUCGCGUGCGUGGACUUGAGCUUCUCAUGGCCUUUUCAGAACGUUUGACAGAUGAGGCGAAACUUGAUCGCGUUGUUCCUUAUGUGGCCCAACUAUUGACAGAUAAGUCUGAACAAGUCAAGAUAGCUGCUCUGCGCACAUUGACACAGAUCCUUGCAAUGGUACAAGUGGUCUCACCGAUCAAUGCAUACAUCUUCCCAGAGUAUGUCCUGCCACGUCUGGAAGCCUACCUCCCAGACCCUUCCGCUAGUGUCAGUCCACUUGUUCGAAUGCAGUAUGCAUUCUGCAUUGGUACUCUGGCAACAACGGCUGCAAGAUACCUCGACAUGAUACAAGCAUUGCGAGCGGAGGGAUCCCUGCCAGCGACUGAUCCCGAAACCGAAGAUGACAUGUCAUCAUCCACGCAUAGGAAUCAGUUCGAUUCAGAUCGGCGCAUUCUGCUUGAAGCUUUCGAAAAGCAUACCAAGUCUCUACUCACGGAUCCAGAUACAUCUGUCCGUAGAGCUAUGCUGAAGUCCGUUUCGGACUUGUGCGUCUUUUUUGGCAGCCCUCGAGCCAACGACGUAGUGCUCAGUCACCUCAACACGUACCUGAACGAUCCGGAUUGGAUGUUGAAGUGUGGCUUCUUCGAAGCAAUCGUGGGUGUCGCUGUUUUCGUGGGUGGCGCCAGCUUGGAAGGCUACAUACUCCCCCUCAUGGUCCAAGCAUUAACCGAUCCCGAGGAAUUUGUUGUCGAGAAGGUAGUGCGGGCACUUUCCUCAAUGGCUGAGCUUGGACUAUUCCAGCGAUCGAAGACAUGGGAGCUCGUUGACAUUGUCGCACGUCUUACAAUGCAUCCCAAUCUAUGGAUUCGGGAAGCUGCUGCGGAGUUCAUAUCGUCCGCUAACAGGUAUCUGUCGAUUGCGGAUACACACAGCAUCCUCGUAAACUUGAUUCGACCGUAUCUCAAAGUAGUGCCUUCUGACUUCUCAGAAUUAGCCCUUCUCGAGUCUCUUAAACCUCCCUUCUCACGGCUAUUCCUAGAGAUGACUUCGAACUGGGCAAUGCAAGCCCAAAAAGGCUCAUUCUGGGCAUCCGCUAAGCAACAGCAAACCAUUAGCUUUGGAUCGUCUAGUGAUAGUCUGCCUACUAUAUCAGGACGGGACCUGGAUCCCAAGAUACUACAGCGACUGGCCAAGAAUGAAGAAGAUGACCUCUGGAUAAAGAAGCUUCGAAACGCAGGUAUGACGCAUGAGGAUGACUUCAAACUUGUCGCACUACGGGAAUUCAUAUGGAGAACGACAAAUCGGAGACGUUCCGACAGUCUUGCCACACCUCCUACAAAAUUUAACAGCAUUAUAGCAUUGAAGGAUCUUGGAAUCAAGGCACUCACGGUUCUCUUUGAUGAGGAUGUCCGACAGGCCGUGGAACAAACCACGAAGCUAGAAUCACAGCAACAAGGUUAUGUACAGCCUCGGACAAUCCGGGACGCACUUUUAGAUGCGUCGACAACCGAGGCUGAAGCUCUUGCUGACCGGGUACCACACGCCGAGAGUCAAGCAGGCCGCUUGAUACGCGAAGAGACAGGCACACGACGAUUAUCUAUUCCAUCUCCCUCAAGCGAGUCAACACUCCCAGAAGGUGAGACUGGAAGCCAUUCUCUUCACGUCCCUAAAGGACCUGACUCUCCUUCUGGAUCCUUCGGGGCUGACGACCACACAUUUUCUCUUCGCCACCGCCAUAGUGCUUUGGGCCUACUGGGAAAAGGAGAGAGCAAGGCCUCAGCCGAGAUCGGUACUACCUCUGCCAAUGCGUUUGGCAAGGUUGAUGGAAUCCAUGCUCGAGAGACCUCGCGUGCCCGUCAACCAACCUCGCCACUCGUGAGCGAUACACCAAACAAUCCGUCACGAAUUCGUUUUCGAAAUGCGCAUAAUUAUACGGGUAACGAUCCGGCUAUUUUGAAGUUGCUUGAUUCUAUGUUGUCAGAGCGUUUCCCAUCUAAUGAAAUCGAAAUCGGCCCUCGAAUUCAGCCUCCGAUGCAACGACAGCCUAUAAGAACCAAAGACUCCCACCUGGCAUCCACUGGCGUCCCUUGGCGACCUGAAGGCACUCUGGUUGCGAGUUUUGGUGAGCAUACAGCUGCGGUGACCCGUAUUCUUGUGUCUCCUGAUCACGCCUUUUUCAUCAGUGGCUCGGACGACGGCAGUGUUAAGAUCUGGGAUACCUCGCGCCUUGAACGUAACAUAACGCGACGAUCUCGGCAGACUUAUAGGCUUGGUGAAAGUGUCAAGGUCACCAGUCUUGUCUUUGUGGAGAAUACUUAUUCUUUUGUUGCCACCGGCAGUGACGGAAGUGUACAUGUCGUACGAGUAGACUUCUAUCGGGGCCAAGAUGGCGCCGCUAAGUUUGGACGGCCUCGACUACUACGAGAGUAUCAGCUGCAAAAGGGUGAUCAUGCUUUAUGGUCCGAUCAUCAUAAUGAGGACAACAAAUCGGUGCUCCUAAUGGCUACAAACACAUCGAAGGUCAUUGCACUAGACCUCAAGACUAUGGAGGAACUUUACACCCUUCAGAAUCCUCUCAACCACGGUACACCGACUUGCUUUUGUGUAGACAGAAGAGCGCAUUGGCUGCUUCUUGGAACUUCACAUGGUGCACUGGAUCUUUGGGACCUUCGCUUCAAAUUACGGCUAAAGGCAUGGGUAUGCCAUGGCGCAUCCCCAAUUCACAGAUUGUAUCAGGUAUUCCAACCAAAAUCGAAGAAAACGCGACUCUACAUAGCUGGUGGCAAUAGUCAAGGCGAGAUCACAGUGUGGGACUGGGAAAAGCAGAUUUGCAAAGAAGUCUAUCGCACGGGAACCUGCAAAGACAUCGGGACGAAGAGCACGACACUCAUUGACCUCGACGAAGAGAAGCCUGGUGGCAUGUUGAGCCGUUUUGCUACUAGCCUUGAGCCUACGGCAAAUUCGACGAACGAUAGAGGUAUCUCUGCACUCGCCGUGCACACGCAAGCUGUUGACGACAGGACUGACUCGAAGCCGCAUACCUUCUUGUUAACAGCCGGUCCUGACUGGAAAGUUCGAUAUUGGGAUACGAAUCGUGCAGAUGGGUCCAUGGUUGUCAGUGGACUAGAAGCCGACGAGGCAAAACCACAGUAUACUGCAUCUCAGCCUAGUCCUGAGACUAUUGUUGUCACGGAGCGCCUUUCGCAGCCUCAGGCAUCAGCUAUAAAUGGUCGAGAUAGCAGGAGCUCAAGUACGAGUAAAAAGCCUUCUCAGAAAUCAUCCAAGUCAGGCUUGAUUUCCUUACAACAACAACAUUUACUAAAGAGCCACAUGGACAACAUACUCGACGUGGCCUUGAUCGAGCAGCCGUACGGAAUAGUGAUAUCAGCGGACCGGCAAAUACAUUGGGACUGCCUUCUGCUCAGCCGCAUAUAUCGUCACCCGAUUCACCUCUCCGAUAUGCCCUACUGUAUGAGAUGCCGCGCAAGCUUCAGGGGUCCAGGAAGAUACUGCGGACGUCAUGGUAUUAAUGAGGGUCGCGACAGACGAUAUCCAUAUAACGCCUACGAGCAUUUCAAUUACAACAGUGACUCGACAGACCCAGCUGGUGGUCACAUGCGUAGCCGUCAACGCGAUCCACCCAGCAGGAUGCGCUUCGCCGAUGAGCACGGAGGCCAGGACAUGUACGAAUCCAACGACAACUACGCAUCUCGUGGCGACCACAACCUUGGUGGACGCCAUGAUCGUCGAACUGGGGUAAUCAGAUACGGGCACGGGGAUUUUAACGUGGACACUUCUCUCCACCAGCCUCUCGUGUAUACCUUCAAUACCCUGUCACGCGCCCAUGCCAUCAGGUCGAUGACCUACAACGUCUCGCCGCUUGGAGAUCGUUCCGUUACAGCUGAGGCCAAUAUGGAGCGCGAGAUGUGUCACAUCUGCAAGCACUGGUUCCCUGACCACGAAAGACUGGAGUACCACCAGCAAGAAUUCUCGGCAGGCUGUGAAGAACACCGGAAGUGCCCACCUUGCCACCAUAUUCCACUUACUCGACCAGAAUUACGACUACAGAGAGCCACCAUGAGGCUGACCACGGACUUGAUCAAUGGCUCCAUUUCCUUCAUCAAUUGUCUCACGGAGCGUGAACUCGAUUUGCGAGGCCACAAAAUCGCCGCGAUUGAGAACAUGGGCGCUGCACGGGACAACGACGCCAUAGACCUUACCGACAACGACAUUGCACAACUCGGCAACUUCCCGCUCCAGCCCCGUCUCCGCACAUUGUUCCUCGCUCAGAACCGCAUAUCGAACAUCCAACCAAAUCUAUCGUCGAGCAUACCAAACUUGCGGACCCUGGUUCUCACCAAGAACAGGAUCGCGGAGCUGGCUGACUUGGAUCCGUUGGCGGGGUUCAAGAAUCUCAUAUACUUGUCGUUGAUAGGCAAUCCGGUCACGAGCAAAGAGUACUACAGAUACUGGGUCAUCUGGCGCUGUCCGAGCGUGCGCUACCUCGACUUCGCAAAAGUGUUCGACGUGGAGAGAAAAAAAGCCAAAGAGCUAUUCGGUACAGCAGAUGAGCCUACAGAACUCGCGAGCAAGAUCAUGGGCAUAAAAUCCAAGGGCUUCGUCGUGCCCACGCUCAUAGACGGCUCCGAAAGCUCAAACAAGGAACGCAUCUACACCGAGGAGGAGAAGAAGCGGAUGCGCGCUGCCAUUCUCAAUGCGAAAAGUCUUGCGGAAAUGGCAAAGCUGGAGAAGGAAUUCGCAGAAGGGAGGAUACCUGCGCAUAUCCUGGAGGGAGGUGAUCCAAUGGAGACGUGA